CAUGAGUUUCCUUGAAACAGUGCUGGCCACAGCAGGUCAGGUGGAAAUAAUGGACUUGGAUGGUAAAAUAUCUGAGAUCACUCAAAAGGUAGCUUCAUUAAAGUGUGAUGUAAUAAGUGUAAUGGAAGAGUCAUAUGUUAAAUUUAAUGUAUUACAUCAAGAGACAGUUGAAUUGGAUAGCAGAGUGAGGGCACUGUCCAAUGAGAUGAGUCAGCUCUUGAUAAGGGUUGAAACUCAGACAAAACGGGACCUCCAGAACUCAACAGGUGAAUUGGAGAGACUGUCCACAUCACUCCAGGAAGCAGCUCUGACCAUGCAACUUGUUCAUCAGUUGGUGGAUAUAGAUACUGCCAUGAAAGCAGCCAAGCAGGCUCAAGAGAAGGGUUGUUACUUAGAUGCAGCCAUGAAGUUGAGGAGCCUUGGUUCACUCUUGGAACAGUGUUCUGGUGCUGAACUUCAACUUGAGAUAUAUGAGACAUUGAUCUCUAAGAAGACAUUGCUUGAGGAGCAUUUUGUCUAUGACAUGAAGGAUAUUUGGAAGUCAUCCUUGAAAUGGGAGGAAGCAGGACCGGAGAAGAAUGUGAAAAAAGUAAUUCUUAAGGUGGCUACAGGAAACAUAAUGCAAAUGGAGCAAAUGAUGCAAGCUUUGAAUUACUUUGAACAUCUAGACUUUUAUUUGAGGAAAUUUGGAAACAAAGUGCUUAAAUACCUGUUGGAGCCAGUCAUUACGAUGAAGAGUACUGUUGAGAUCCACGAAGAAACUAACCUCACCAUUAUUGAAAUAGAAUCAUAUGCUGCCUCUCCAAAACCACAUUAUACUGUAAUCUUUUCCAUUAUCAUAGACGUGUUUGACUUCCUGUAUUCUCAUUUGAAUUUUGCCAUAGAAGAGGAUGUGACACUCAUGAACAGAUUGGGAGAAAUAAUUUCUGAAGAAUUCUGUGAGUUUUUCAUAAAAAACUGCUUAUCUGACACAAUUCCAAGUCACAGUAAUGAUCUAGAAGCAUACAAAGUUAUUGCGAAGGCAACUGAAGAUUUUCAAGAUCAUCUGGUGGAGAUAGGGUUUUUGGGCACUAGUAACCAGUCAAUACUUGAAUAUGCACGGAAUGUGGAUGUUAUGUUUGCCAAUAAAAUUUGCCGGAAAUUACUAGGAAGAGCAAGAGAUAUCAUGAAGAAGAAUUUACAUGAUAUGAUGGAAGUUGGCCCUAUUAGUCCCUCAAGACACCUAGAAAUAGAGGAAACAAUGGAGGACAUUAAACAUUUUGACACCUUAAAGCCAGAAAUAAAAUUAAGUGACAAUACAUUUCAGUUUCCAAAAUGCCAAAUUAGCAAGUCAGCACAUGAGCUGUUGUUGCUAGUGUAUGAAGUUCUGGACGAAGCUGUACAAAGCAAUGACUUCUGCUCUGUAAGGCUGUUUUGCACAGCUCGAAAUAUCUUUGAACUGUAUAGUGCUGUGGUACCAACACACCAUAAGAUGUUCCUUGAAACAAUCCCACAACAAGUUGCACUCUUUCACAACAACUGCAUGUACCUAGCCCAUCGUCUUGUGACGUUAGGUCAUGAGUACAGUAGCCGAUUUCCCACAGUUCUCAGGUCACACACAUCCACCUUCAUCGAUCAAGUGACAGUGUUACGUGAACUGGGGAUCAGCGUGUUUCUGAAGUUCAUGCAGGGUCAACGAAAACAGAUUCUAGAUAUUCUGAGAGACUCAGGUUUGGCAACACUAGGAGAGGAUCCCAAAAUUACACCAAGCAUAGAGAAAGCUGUUCGACAGUGUCUGCGGCAAAUGGAAUUACUCCAGACAGUGUGGGAGAACGUUUUGCCUGCCAAUGUCUACUGCAAAGCUGUAGGUUGUCUACUGAAUGCACUUGUUGAAGAGCUCAUAAUCCGAGUUACCACCGUAGAGGAUGUGCCAGCCACCACUGCUGUUCACUUGGUCACCGUGUUCAGUGUUGUCAUUAACAGAGCUCCACAUCUGUUUCAGGAACAUGGUGAGGUACAUCGGUUUGUAAAACGAUGGCAGAAGUUUAGAGAACUGGUUCUAAUUCUGGGGGCUAGUCUGAGAGACAUAGAUGACAGGUGGGCUGACAGCAAAGGACCUCUUGCACAAGAAUUUACACCUGAAGAAGUUAAGCAGCUGAUACGAGCCCUAUUCCAAAACACAAAGAGAAGAUCUGCUGUUCUUGCAAGAAUAAAAUAAUGCUGAUUUGGAGGAAAGUUAUCAUGAAUUUCUUUUCCAUACAUUCUUUAUGCCCUAUCCAUCUCACCCUUCAUUUGAUCACCAACAUCUGGCAAGGCGUAAAAAUCAGGGUGCUCCCCAUUAUGCAUUUUCCUAUAGCUUUCUAUAUCCAAAUAUUCUCCUCAGCACCCUUGCUGUGGUUUUCCCUUAAUGCAAGGGACCAACUUUCACACCCAUACAAAACUAGGUGAAGAAAAAAUAUUCUAAAUUGAAUGGUAGAAAGCAGUUUAUCUGCAUUUAUUUGAUAAAUGCAGUUUUGAUUUACUACGUAGGUCAUACCGGAAGUCAAGAGCAACUUUUUUUUGCAUGCAACCUGGGAACACCAGAGUAU